AUGGACAGCGAAGGACACGCAAAAUUGACCGACUACGUCUCCCAGUUCAUGGCAGCAGCCAGCGGCCAACCACAAUCGCAGUCAUCUCAACCCACCAUGAGCGCAAACUCAACGCAACUGCCUAAAAGGCCAAACCAAGAAGCUGAGGCAAACGGCGAAUCCGAAGCAUGGUCGCCGGCCUCUUGGAGGUCGAAACCCAUUAAGCAAGUCGUUACCUACGAAGACCAAGCAGCAGUGUCUUCUGCCUUGACCAAGCUAUCAAGUCUUCCGCCAAUCGUCACCCCAACAGAAAUUGCCAGACUCAAGGCUAGUCUCCGCGAUGCUGCACUUGGAAAGUCGUUUUUGCUGCAAGGAGGUGACUGCGCCGAAUUGUUUUCUUACUGUGCAGACAACCCAAUCGAUGCAAAGAUCAAGCUUUUGUUGCAGAUGAGUUUGGUUCUGAUAUGGGGUUCGAAUAAGCCUGUCAUCCGCAUUGGUCGCAUAGCCGGACAGUAUGCUAAGCCAAGGUCAAGCCCAACUGAGAUGCUGAACGGCAAGGAGGUUCCCAGCUUCCGUGGCGAUAUUCUUAACGGAUAUGAUCCUGAUUCCCGAAGAGUUGACCCCGAGAGGUUGGUCAGCGCUUACUUCCACUCUGCAACGACCCUAAACUACAUUCGUGGACAGCUGGCAAGUGGCAUCGCUGACUUGCAUAACCCUCUGGACUGGGAACUUGGUCAUGUUCGGGACGAAGAGUUGCAGUCAAAGUACACGAAAAUUGUAAACAGCAUCUCUGACUCACUACGGUUCAUGAAAACUAUCGGUGCGGAUACAUCCGGUCAACUACAAACAGUCGACCUCUUCACCAGCCACGAAGGUCUUGUGCUAGAGUAUGAACAAAGCUUGACAAGGAGGCUCAAGCAUCCCGCUGGUUACAAGCCUUCGCAGCCAUCAAACGACGGCAAGGGUUGGUAUAACACCUCUGCUCAUUUUAUCUGGAUUGGAGACAGAACUCGCCAGAUCGAUGGAGGCCAUGUGGAGUACUUCCGUGGUAUCGAGAACCCCAUUGGUAUCAAAGUUGGACCAUCGAUGAAGAACGAUGAGUUGGUCGAGCUGCUUGACAUUGUCAAUCCAAACAAAGAGGUUGGCAAGAUUACGUUGAUUACGCGUUAUGGCGCGGACAAGGUUGAGUCUAUGCUUGGCGCGCACAUUGAAGCUGUCAAGAGCAGUGGACACGUUGUAGUGUGGCAGUGCGACCCUAUGCAUGGCAACACACGCAGCACGCCUACUGGCAUCAAGACCCGCUCUUUCAACAGCAUCUUCUCUGAGCUUUCAUCAGCACUCAAGAUCCACAAGGAACACGGCUCCUUCCUUGGCGGCAUGCACCUAGAACUCACUGGCGAUGCCGUUACGGAGUGCACUGGAGGAAGUGAAGGUUUGGUGGAUGAGGAUCUGAGUUUGAACUACACAACAUACUGCGACCCUAGGUUGAACGAGAAGCAGGCGGCUCCUACAAGUACUACACAAAGGGCUCCCGCGCCUUCCGCACCUGCACAGGCUCCUACAAGGGGACCGACUGUACAUCCCGAGAUGCAGGCUACAGGAGAGAAGACGGAAGCUGUCUUGCAAGAUGCGCGCGAUCCUGCCUUCGCAUCUCGAUUGAGCAGUCUCGGUGCUGUGCAACCGAACCCACAUUACUCGCCUUCCUCUCAAUCGCAAUUCGAUCCUCGUCGUAACACCUCGCCCAACUUGCCCUCGGAUACCAUGAUGCAAUCGCUACCACAGUCCGCGUUCCCAGACCCGCGCAACAACCCUGUACUGCGAGUACUAGAGGCAAGACAAAAGAUAGCAGAUCAGGCGGAAGACGAGUUGCGAGACGUGGGUAGGAGAGAUUUCCAAGGGAGAACAUAUGUGGAUGCUGGUGUCAUAACAUUGGCGAUGAUGAGACAGGCCAAGGGAGAACCCGAUUCGAGGAUUGAAGACGCACUAGGAAUCAAGAGGGGCAGGCUGAGCGUGUUGGGUAAAGGUACGGUGGAAGCUGUAGCCCUGGCCUGA